GACUAGCUCAGGACGCAGGACUGAUUUCUCUUAACGAAGUUUGAUUUGAUUAUGAGUAAAAUACUAGCUGAGCACAAAAUGAUCAGGGGAAUGCGAUAACUACAAUAUACUCUCUAUUCUGUGCGUCUAUAUUUUGUUAUUUCAAAUAGACCCAACAAGUAAAUUAAGCAAUGGAGAAGUUGGUCACUGAAGUGCCCAGCAGCCUGAAACAAUUGGCGAGGCUGAUUGUUCGAGGCUUCUACAACAUUGAGGACGCCCUGAUUAUCGACAUGCUCGUCCGAAAUCCUUGUAUGAAGGAAGAUGACAUCUGUGAACUGCUCAAGUUUGAGCGAAAGAUGCUUCGUUCUCGAAUCAGCACCCUGAAAAACGACAAAUUCAUUCAAGUAAGACUGAAAAUGGAGACGGGGCCUGAUGGCAAGGCACAAAAAGUUAACUAUUAUUUCAUAAAUUAUAAGACCUUUGUCAAUGUUGUAAAAUACAAAUUGGAUCUGAUGCACAAGAGACUGGAGACUGUUGAGAGAGAUGCGACAAGCAGGGCGAGUUUCCGUUGUCCAGAAUGCUGCAAAACUUUCACUGACUUGGAAGCGGACCAGUUGUUCAACUGUGCCACCCAAGAGUUCAGAUGUACCUAUUGCAGAUCACUUGUGGAGGAGGAUCAAUCAGCACUGCCGAAGAAGGACUCGCGCCUCAUGUUAGCCCGCUUCAACGAACAGAUGGAGACCAUCUACUUGCUCCUGAAGGAAGUGGACGGCAUCAAGCUGGCGCCAGAGGUGUUGGAGCCAGAACCGACAGAGCUCAACACCAUUUUGGGCAACAAAGCUGUCGGAGGACCUAAGCCCCCUGCGGAUGGUGAAGCGUGGUCAGGAGAGGCUACAAGAGGACAUGGCUUUCAGGUGGACGAGACAAGGGUUGACAUCUCUAUUGACGACAAUGAAGAUAAGGUUGACAAAACUAACAAGAAGGAGCGUCCUGUUUGGCUGGUCGAAAGCACCAUCACUCAAAAUGUUGUACUUGAGCCUGAUGUCACUGAAACAAUUGAACCGGUGACCAAUGAAAAGGUCAAGGGUCAAGAGGAUAUCAUGUCUGUGCUGCUGGCAAACGAGAAGAAGCCAGACUCAUACAAUGUGCACGGUCAGAAGCAAGAGGACAGCGGAUCCGAGGCCAGUGGUGACGAAAGUGCCAUGAGAAGUCUGGGAAUGCCUACCAACCUGCUGAAUGACGAAGUUGAUGUUGCGAUGAUGGAUGACGACGAUGAUGAUGAUGAGAUGACUCCAACUGUGAUGGUCAAUGGGAACCCAGUACCGCUGCUGGAGGUCAAUGACUCCGUUAUUGCGAGAAUGAGUGCUUCUGAGAAAGAAGCCUACAUACAGACUUACCAAGAUUAUUACUCCCACAUAUAUGAGUGAAUGAUGAAACAUUGUCAAUAAGCUGCUUAACUUUGUUUUUGUAUCAAUUCAUCCAGGUUUGAACAAUAAAGAGCCAAAUAGUUUUUCAAGACAAA